AUGUGCGAGUACACUUCUCCUUAUGUGAAACAGAAUGUUCUUCGUUCGUUCACUCUUCCUGCUGAGAUUAAGUUAAAUAACAACGAAGAGACUUCUCCAAGAAAGACUCCUCUGAACAAAAGACUCCCUGUUUUAAGAAAGUCCAGAGAAAAUAGAAACAACUUCACUUUGCAACAAACAUUGUGCGUCUGUCUCUUGAGUCCUUUCUGCAAAGUCUCCGUUCAUAAACCAACUAGAAGAUCUUCAGUCACAGAACAAUUCUUUAGAAUCUCAUCUCUCCAAUUCCCUGACGGUACUUCAAUUGAUGUCGCCUCGUUCUUGAAAGCACGAUGUGACACCAUGUACUACUCCGAUUUAAAGUCUGGCGUCUCUGAUAAAACCGCCACUAGAAGAUAUCAGAACAACAAGAAAAUCGAAAUGAUCCACUUCUUGUCUGACUUGCUCUUCAUGUGUGGCUAUGAAGUCAACUCUUCGUGCAAAGGAGGUAAAAUUGGGAUGAAUGUUCUUGAGGGAAUUAACUCUGUCCAGUGGGGGCAAUGUGUUAUUGUGUAUGAUAAUAUCAUUCCCAAACUUAUUGAAGCUAACCAUAUGCUCCUCAAAAGUACCAUUGACUCCGAGAACGACUACGUCGUCGACUCCACUGUGUUCAAUGGAAACUUCUUCUAUAAAUGUUGA